AACACCACACAUUUUCACUUGACAGGGGCACUCUGUUCCACCGUCUUUUGCCGGAAACCUGGUAUGUUGUUAUUUUUCUCUCCUAUUUGGUGGCUACUUCUUACCCAUCACCAUCAUCAACAUGAUUCGUCGACCUUCAAUCAAUGGGUCAAUUCUUUCAGAACCGUUCUCCAACACAACUUUCACGAAAAUAUCAUUUUCUUCUCUAAUCACCCUUCAGGAUUCUCACCCCAAACCCAUUUCGAGUCCCUUUUACAAUCUUCUUCCCCCAACCCAGAAUCCCAACAACAUCGUCAACCUCAUCUCUUCUGUCCUCAAACACAAAAGUUCUCACCUUUCACUUCAGAACGACAUCAAAGGGAUUCUUCCUCACAUGGGUGCCCAUGAAAUUUCAAGGGUCUUGCUCAGAUGCCAAUCUGAUUACUCUUCAGCUCUCACUUUUUUCAAUUGGGUCAAAACUGAUUUGGGUCUCACACACACUGUGCACAACUACUGUAUUAUUGUUCACAUACUUGCUUGGUCUAGAGUGUUCUCUCAGGCCAUGAAAUUUUUGUCUGAAUUGAUACAAUUGGUUGAGGUUGAAGGUGUUUCUCCAAAUGAGGACAUUUAUCACAAUUUGGUUGGGUGUAGUGAAGAUUGUAAUUGGAAUCCUGUGAUCUUUGAUAUGCUUAUCAAGGCUUAUGUGAAGGCAGGUAUGGUUGAAAAGGCAUUGGCAACCUUUAGAAAGAACGUUGAAGCGUGUUUUAUCCCCAAUGUGAUUGCCUGCAAUUGUUUACUGAGUGGAUUGUUUAAGUUUAAUUAUAUUGGUCAAUGCUGGGAAGUGUAUGAAGAGAUGGGAAGAGUUGGAAUACACAGGAAUGCAUAUACUUUCAACAUUUUGACACAUGUUUUGUGCAAAGAUGGAGAUACGGAUAAGGUGAAUGGAUUCCUGGAGAAGAUGGAGGAAGAAGGAUUUGAACCUGACUUGGUGACAUAUAACACACUCAUUAAUAGCUAUUGUAAGAAAAGGAGGUUAGAGGAUGCAUUUUAUCUAUACAAGAUCAUGUACAUUAGAGGUGUGAUGCCUAGUUUGAUUACAUAUACAACCCUGAUGAAUGGUCUUUGUGAAGAAGGGAAGAUCAAGGAAGCUCAUCAACUUUUUCAUCAUAUGGUUCACAGAGGGAUAGAUCCAGACCUUGUGUCAUAUAAUACUCUUAUAUCUGGCUAUUGCAGAAAAGGUAAGAUGCAAAUGUCUAGAUCACUAUUGCAUGAAAUGAUAGGAAAUGGGAUUUUCCCUGACAGUGUGACAUGUUGGCUUAUCGUGGAAGGAUAUGCAAGGGAUAGAAAGCUGCUUUUGGCCUUGAAUAUGGUUGUGGAGCUUCAGAGAUUUCGAAUUAAGAUUCCUGAAGAUGUAUAUGAUUAUCUGAUUGUUGCUUUGUGUAAAGAUGGUCGACCAUUUGCUGCUAGAAGUUUUUUGCAAAGGUUAUCUCCGGAUGGCUACAUGCCUAAAAUGAGUACUUACAAUAUAUUGGUUGAGUCUCUAUGUAAAUUCAAUAAUGUAGAAGAGGCAUUAAAUUUGAAAUCCGAGAUGGUAAAGAAGAGUAAGAAACUGCAUCUUGCCGCCUAUAGAUCUAUUAUAAGCUGUCUGUGUCGAGUAAACAGGACUUUGGAAGCUGAAGGUUUGUUGGAGGAAAUGGUUAGUUUGGGUAUUCUACCUGAUCUAGAAAUAAGCAGGGCAUUAGUAAAUGGAUAUUGCGAAGAAAAUAAUGUUGAUAAGGCUGUGUCCUUAUUGAAAUUCUUUGCCAAGGAGUUUCAAGUGUAUGAUACUGAAAGCUACAAUGCAGUUGUUAAAGUCUUCUGUAAGGUUGGUAAUGUAGCUCAGUUGAUGGAGCUUCAGGAUAAGCUACUCAAGGUGGGGUAUGUUCCAAAUAGGUUAACAUGCAAGUAUGUAAUCCUUGGAUUGCAGAAAGCUAUAGAUCUAGAUGAUGAGAUGUUGGGCCACAAUAUGCUUGAAUAACACUAACCCAAUGUAAGACUAUAUUCAAAAUCUCACCUACCCAAUUACUUGGGCAUGGCAUAUAUAUAAGGAUCAACAAGCUAUGAAAGGAUUUCUCCUGGCAGACAGUUUAUUGAUACCAUACUUUAUUUCACUGAAGAUGAGCUAAACAGGAAAGCCUGCUUUCUUCUCGUCCAUCACAAUUGAAUCAUAAACUGCAAACUCUGUAAGGAGACUUAAUAUAUGAGAGCAAAGUACAGCGG